AUGACUCAAAUCAUGUUUGAGACCUUCAACACUCCUGCCCUGUACCUCGCGAUUCAAGCGGUACUUUCACUCUAUUCAUCUGAUCUUACCACCGUUAUCGUUGUAGACUCUGGUUAUGAUGCCACUCACAUUGUUCCUGUCUAUGAUGGUUAUUCUCUUCAACACGCUAUCUUCCGUCUCGAUCUUGCAGGUCGUGAUCUCACUGACUAUAUGAUGAAGCUCUUGAUUGAACGUGAUUACUCAAUCACAACCACCACUACAGCCAAUGGAAGAAAUGAAAGUUUCCGUUGCCCAGAAGUUCUCUUCCAACCAUCUAUACUGGGUAUCGAUGCUUCUGGUAUCCAUAUAACCACUUACAACUCGAUCAUGAAGUGCGAUGUUGAUAUCCGUAAGAAUUUGUACCGUUCUAUUGUACUAUAUGGUGGUUCUACUUUGUUUCCAGGUUUUGUUGAACGUAUAAGAAAGGAAAUGGUUUCUCUUGCUCCACCAAGCGCUGAACCCAGGAUCAUCGCUUCACCCGAACGUAAAUACUCUGCGUGGAUUGGUGGUUCCAUCUUGGCAUCACUCGCCACUUUCCAACAAAUGUGGAUCUCCAAGGAGGAAUACGAUGAAUCUGGUCCUGCGAUUGUCAACAGAAAAUCGGUUAGAGAGAUUCAUGAUGUUGCUUUAAUGAGAAAUUCAUUAAGAUGUGAUUGGCAAGAUCUCGCUUGCUUUCCAGAGGAGUUGAUUCGAUAUAAGUGCUUCGAUAGAUAUAAGAGCGUGUUAAACUAUUUGAUUGUCAAUCAAACAUCGAUUGAACAGAGACUAUUCGAUGACUAUAUCGAUGCCUAUAUUCAAUCACUCUCAACAGCAGCAACCCAAGGCAAUACAGAUUUAAUAGAGUUUGUGUAUUCCAAGGAUCUAAAACGAUCGGAUAUCGAUUAUAAAGCACUCUACGAUGCCGCUAUUAAAUAUGGCCAUUUGGCAACCAUUGAAUUUCUUCAUGCCACAAAGAAGGAUGUGUUCGGCAUGGUAUCUGUUUCGUCUAUGGAUGCUGCUGCAAACAAUGGUCACUUCUCAAUAGUAAAGUUUUUACACCACAACCGAACGGAAGCUUGUACAAAGAUAACGAUGGAUUCCGCCUGUAAAUGGGACGACUUUGAGAUGUUGAAAUGGAUCCACGUCAAUCGCACGGAAGGUUGUUCAGAAAAAGCAAUGUUCUACGCAUCGUUGAAAGGAAACUUAAAAAUUAUUCAAUGGAUGCACGAGAAUCGUACGGAACGGUGUAGUCCUGCCGCAAUGGACAUUGCCAGAAAUCUAGAAAUCACCAAGUUUUUUCAUCAGUUUCGAAGUGAAGGCUGCACCACCCAAGCAAUUAGCAAUGCCGCAGGUCGUGGCGAUAUAGAAGCGAUGCGGUUUCUCUAUGAGAAUAGAACGGAAGGUGUAACUCGCUCAACGCUAGACAUAGCUGUACAGAAUGGAAAUAUGGAGAUAGUAAAGUUUAUUGUAGAAGCUGGUUUAGUUAAGACCGAUAACUACACGCUGUCGAUUGCAUUGGGAACAGGCAACUUGGAAAUGAUAAAAUACCUACAUUACAGCGGAACUUGCGAUGCCGCUCCGAUGGAUCAUGAAAUCGAUUGUGUCGUUAGAUCCAAGUCGAAUCUCGAGGUAAUCGAAUUCCUACACCAUGUACGGCGCUCUACUGCCACCACCAUGUCGAUGGAUCUUGCAGCUUCCUAUGGAAAUCUACAAACGCUGAAAUUCCUUCAUGAAAACCGAACGGAAGGAUGCACAAAAGCCGCAUUUCUACAUGCUGCAACUCGUGGAAACAUAGAUGUUUUGCAAUUCCUCGUUGAGAAUCGGAGCGCUCAAUGUCCAGAGGAUAUAAUGGACGAAACUGCAAGAGCCGGACAAUUCGAAGCGUUUAAAUACCUUCAUUUCAACGCGAAUGUAAUUUGUACUUCCGAUGCCAUGGAUUAUUUCGCUCAAUUUCCAAGCACUGAACCUCUUGAAUGGAUCAUGAGGAAUAGAGUGGAAGGCUGCUCUUCGAAUACCUAUUCAAAUGCAUUCCGAUGUAACCAACUAGAGAAUAUAAAAUGGCUUAAAGAGAAUACCGGUGUUUCACUUCCCAAUAAUUCGAUCGAUAUUGCAGUUGGAUUCAAUUCAAAAUUGGAAAUAAUUAAAUGGAUACAUGAAAACGGUGGAACUGGGACAACAGGAUCAAUAGAUCAAGCGGCAUUAAAUGGAAAUCUACCAAUCAUUGAAUAUCUACGUUCAAAUAGAUACAAUUGCACUAUAAAAGCAAUAGAGAAAGCUUACGAGAAAAGACAUCUCCAGGUGAUCAAGUACAUAUCUGGUAAAACAAUAGGGAUGAAGAUACCUAUAUACUAUGCUCAUAGAAAUUCAUUAUUACGUUGUUAUUUACCAAGAUUAAAUAUCGUUAAACAAUAUAAUUUAUAA